UGGAUGGGGAUGGAGGGAGAGAGGGUAAAGAGAAUGCUGUAUGGUACGAUUUGGUUGCAUACAAUUUGAUAUAUCACCCUCCUUCCUUCUCUCGCUCCUUCUCUCUCUCCCUCUCUCCUCUCUCUCCCUCCUCCCUCUCUAUGACCAGACCACUCCAGCAGACAGUACAAGUAUCUACCAGCUCAAGUGGGUGGAGUGGAAAGGAGGGUUUGUCCCUGUCAUCACACAGGUUAGUUUAAUCAACUGUCAUUUUUAUCACAGUACAACCCUAGACACAUGAAAAUUAAACUGCUUGAAAAUUGCAGUCUUCUCUACUUUUUUCCACCUUUGUAAAACGCUAUAUAUCUGUUUGCAAAAUGCCUGCGAUGUGUAACAUGUACUUGGACCAAGCAUCGAUGAUAUGAUACAGCGACUUGCCCCCUCCCAAAACUUCCCCCUGCAUAAUAUAGCCACCAUAAACCCUCCUUUAUAAAGUCUCGAGGUUCUGUUCUCAUGACCCCAUUCCUACUCGGGCCCCACUCAGAACGAGAACGGACCGUGCCCUCUCCUGGCGCUGUGCAACGUUCUCUUACUCACCGACCGCAUGAAGCUGGUUGCCGGGGAAACAGUGGUCACCUCGGCGGCGCUCAUGGAUCUCCUAGGAACUGCCGUCAUAGAGAACAUGCCACAGGCAUUCUCAUAGUCAUUCAGAUGAGCCAGUGCAACUGCAGGCAGACAGAAUACACACAUCAGGGACUCCACACAUUAGCAAAGGAAAAGCAAAAGCAGAAUGAUUCUCAAGCAUGCACAGGAACUGCAACCGACCUUUUGAAGCUAGAAAAGGUGCCAAGGCAAAGUACAGAGUGACUGUGAUGAUGACAGGGCAUACACAUAGUGACAACUAACAGCCGGUGAGUCAGGCUCAGUUUGAGGCGGCUCUGAGGAUUCUGAGAGAUGAAGAUGCUAUCACUGUGACUGGACAGCAGACCGUCAGAGUCUGCUGAACUAUAGUGAUACACUAUGACUAUAUAACUAAACCACAACCUACUGUGUGAAUUUUAGUAGUAGGGGCAGCAAUGAAUUGCUGAACUUCAUGCAGUAUGUACAAGUAUACCU